CGCACAAAGGUAGCCCCCGGCUGCAAACUUUGGACCAAUCAGGACGCCGCUUUGCCUUCCUACGGCAGGAGCCACAGAGGUUCAACCUGGACCGCUUGGAGAAGAAACCUAUCUGCUUUCAAUUCAAACUGACAAAGCUCCUCCACUUCCGCCGACACAUAAAACAGCCAACUAAUUAUCACUGAAGGAAACGUUUCCAAGUGAUGACAAUGUUGGGUAUGUACGUGCCAGACAGAUUUUCUCUGAAAUCGUCCAAGGUCCAGGAUGGAAUCGGUCUUUACACGGCGAGGCGAGUGAAAAAGGGAGAAAAGUUUGGUCCGUUCGCCGGUGAGAAAAAGCUGCCUGGUGAGCUGGAUGAGAGCUCGGACACCAGGCUGAUGUGGGAGGUUCGUGGCAGUAAAGGGGAUGUUCUGUAUAUUCUGGAUGCAAGCAAUCCUCGCCAUGCCAACUGGCUGCGGUUUGUCCAUCAGGCGCCUUCACAGGAGCAGAAGAACUUGGCAGCCAUUCAGGAUGGAGAGAACAUCUUCUAUCUGGCUGUGGAUGACAUAGAGACAGAUACAGAGCUCCUGAUUGGCUACCUGGACAGUGAUAUGGAAGAAGAGGAGGAAGAGGAGGAAGAAGUUGUAAAAGAUGAAGAUGAGAGCAGUAAAGAGGCCAAGCAUGUUGUAGAAAUGGAACUUGUCAUAAAGAAGGAGGACCACCCCUGCCUGCUGUGUGAGAGCAGCUUUCCCAGUGAGGAGAUCCUGGCCGCCCACCUGCAGAGUCUGCACCAGAGGCCCAGCACUGAGGAGAAGGAGUUCAAAUGCAGGAACUGUGGCAAAAAGUUCCCCAUCAAGCAAGCUCUACAGCGCCAUGUUUUGCAUUGUUCUGAAACACUUGAUCCGUCAGGCGACUCUAAAGCUCACCAGUGCUCCCUUUGCCACAACACCUUCAGCUCGGAAUCCAGUUUCGAACAGCACAAGGAAGCUUGUAAAGGAGAUGCCAGGUUCAUAUGUAAAGCAGAAAGUUGUGGGAAAAGAUUCAAAAGCAAGGAUGCUUUGAAGAAACAUAAAGGCAAUGUUCACACAGGAAGUGCCCGGCGGAAACUCACGUGCACCAUAUGCAACCGGAAAUGCUCUUCCUCUCUGAAUCUUCAAGAGCACAGAAAGAUACAUGAAAUAUUUGAAUGCCACGCAUGUGACAAAAAAUUCAUCUCGACCAACCAGCUCAAACGUCAUAUGAUCACACACUCUGAGAAGCGACCCUACACCUGUGAGAUCUGCAGUCGAUCUUUCAAGCGUUUGGAUCAGGUGACGGCUCAUAAGAUCAUCCACAGCGAGGAUAAACCGUAUAAAUGUAAGCUGUGCGGAAAAGAGUUCGCUCAUCGCAACGUCUACAAGAAUCACAAGAAGACCCACUCCGAGGAAAGGCCGUUUCAGUGUGAGGAGUGUAAAGCGCUGUUCCGCACCCCCUUCUCUCUACAGCGCCACCUUCUUAUCCACAACAGUGAAAGGACGUUCAAAUGUGACCAGUGUGACGCCACCUUUAAGAGAAAGGACACGCUGAACGUCCACAUCCAGGUGGUGCAUGACGGCCACAAGAAGUACAAGUGUGACCUGUGUGAGAAGGCCUUUGUCACUCCUUCUGUCCUGAAGAGCCAUAAGAAGACUCACACAGGGGAGAAGGAGAAGAUUUGCCCUUACUGUGGACAGAAGUUUGCCAGCAACGGCACGCUAAGGGUUCACAUCCGCAGCCAUACAGGUGAGCGUCCAUACCAGUGCCCCUACUGCGACAAAGCAUUCAGCAAGAAUGAUGGCCUGAAGAUGCACAUCCGCACUCAUACUCGGGAGAAGCCGUACAAAUGCAGCGAGUGCAACAAGGCCUUCAGCCAGAAAAGAGGACUGGACGAGCACAUGAGGACGCACACAGGAGAGAAACCCUUCCAGUGUGAUGUGUGUGAUCUGUCGUUUAGCUUGAAGAAGAUGCUCAGCAGACACAAGCUGACUCACAACCCCAACCGGCCCAUGGCGGAGUGCCAGCUCUGCCAUAAGAAGUUCACUCGGAACGACUACCUCAAAGUCCACAUGGAGAAUGUCCAUGGGGAGACAGAGGGUUAAAGCCAAUUACAGGAGCACAAAUGAGAUCCCCAAGAUAAAGUUCUGUCUCGUGUUUUAUGUACCAGUAAAGCAUGAACAUGCUGCGAGUAGAGAUGGACUGAUAGCUCAAAUGUUGGUAUUACCAAUAGAUGCAUGUAGAAUACGGGACACAUUAAGGCAGGCAUGUUCAAAUUGAAACACAGACUCUUCAUCUAAUUUCUGCUCCCCCAUCAUCCUGUUUCCGCAUUAUUUUUAAUAUUUGAACAAACCGAUUGCCAUAUGCUAUGUAUGCCUCCGGAGCCGCUGUGUCUGCUCCCAGGAAUGUCUUGUGUUUCACGUCAAGUCCUUCAGACCGCUUUCCAGUGUUACUCUGUGCCGUUUUAACCAGAGCUUGUUGUACCUCGACGCACGUUUGUGGCCAGCUGCCAAGUGCUGAAGAAAGCCAGUGAUCAGAUUCCCUGUAGGGUCCUUUUCAUGGCUUCACUUGUAUCCAUUCACAUGGUUGUGUUAGAACCGACACCUGCUCUUAGGGAAGCCCAAACAAACUCUGAUCUGUUACAUUAUUUUUGGAGCAUAUGGUAUAAGUGAUGGAACUGCAUUGUUGAAUGGAGCUCUGAAAACAGGAAGUAGCUGAAUGGUCUGCACUAGCUCAUGAGUUUCAGCUUUUGUUUACAUGAAACCCGGGGAAUAGAAACAAGCUUUCAUCAGUCCAAUCUCCGGUCUUUCUGGUUCUGCUUUUUACUGUUAAGGUAGUUAACUUUGGAUCCAUGUUUGACACACAGUGUUUCACAAAAGUAUUAACAUCCCUGGAACCUUUUUAAAAAUGUUUUUUCAUGUUACAACUGCAAGCGUCAAUGCAUUUUAGUGGAUUUUUUGGGUUUAGACAAACACAAAGUUACACAUAACUGUGAGGGAUUUUUUUUUUCUUUACAAAAAUCUGAAUAGUGUGGUGUUCAUUUGCGUUCGGUUCCCUUAAGGUUGUGUUCUGUAGAGUUGCUAAGCAGUUGCUUCAAAACAGGAACCCCAUAGCAUGAUGCUGCCCCCACCAUGUAGCAAAGUGGUGAUGGUGUUUUCAGUGUGAUGAUUUUUCUUCAACAAAGGCCUUCUUGUUGUCUACUUUCCACCGAGGCCGGACUGGUGGAGUGAUUUUGUUCACUCACUGAUAUCCUGUAACAUACUUCUGAGACCCACCAGAACAGCUUGAUUUGUACUGAGUUUAAAUUGCCCCUGGGUGGAAUAUUUAUCAGCAGUUGGCCCAGAUUAUAGGAGGCUGAACACCAAUGCACCCACUUUUCAGAUUUUUAUUGUAAAAGCUGUUUGGAAACCAUAUACUCUUACUAUUUAGGACAACAGGAGGUCCAAGAAGACUAAACACGCUCCUCUCUACAUACAGGGGGAGAUGGUGGAGCAUGUGGACAGCUUUAGUUUCCUGGGCAUUCACAUCUCCAACUUUUCCUGGUCCAUAAACACCUCCUACCUGGUGAAGGUGGGAGGUGGACUACUUUGUUUUGGUCUAAUAGGUCAAAUCCCAAUAAAAUUGAAUUGAAGUUUGUUGUCAUGAUGUGACAAAAUGUAAAAAGUUCAUGGGAUAUGAAUAAUUUACGAAGGUACUCUGUGUUGUCUGACUGCUUUCAGCAGAUCUUGUUGUUUGGACUCCAUCAUUAAGCAUAAUAUGAAUUCAAAAGAUGUUUGUUGGCCACUAGUGGACAAAUUUCUCUUACAGAGGAACUAAAGAAGAACCAAAGUACUGUUUUUGUUUACUUUAAUAGGAAACUCUUUUAUCUUUAUUCAUAGAAUUUACCCAGGAUGUUGUGCCUUAUAAAAUACGUUUACACGGCUUUAUAUUAAUCUUUCUUCAAUACAGUGUUUUAUAUAUUUCA